UGUUCACACUUUUUUUAUAUGAAGUUGUCAUUCCUCUGUCUGUUGAGUGUUGUAGAAAUUAUUCACUGAAGAUUACCUUCGAAUUUGUAGAAUUUCAAGAAAUUCUGAUAUGCUUAGUUUUCUUGCUUCUUUAUUUCCGCGGUGAAAAUGUGUAAUAACUUAAUGACGAUGUUUUAAAUGUAGGUAGACUUACCUCUGGCGCCAUAAGUAAGAGAGCUGGUUAUGCCCGAAGCAUGCCAUCGACGUCGCGGUCGAGGGGCUCCGGGCGCGGGCCGGACGGCGCGCCACGGGCCCAAGUCAUAGCGCCCAUGUCGGAGCGGCAGCAACUGGCGCUGGUGAUGCAGAUCUCAUCACAGGACGCCCCACCAGCCGCUCCGACCCCAGCAGAAGAACGAAAACGUACGAGACAGCAGCGCAACGAGCGUGGUGAGACACCUCUGCACGUAGCAGCUAUCAGGGGUGAUCACGACCAAGUCAAGAAGCUGCUUGAUCAAGGACAAGAUCCUGAUGUACCAGAUUUUGCUGGGUGGACACCACUUCAUGAAGCGUGCAGUUAUGGGUGGUAUCAAGUUGUAGUGGUACUUGUAAAUGGUGGGGCAAAUGUCAAUGCAAAGGGUUUAGAUGAUGAUACUCCUUUACAUGAUGCCACAACUUCUGGCAAUCUAGAAAUGGUUAAGUUUCUCAUUGAACAUGGAGCCGAUCCAUUUGUCAAGAACACUAAGGGGAAAAUGCCAUCAGAUUAUGCAGCACCUCACAUCUUUGAAUACGUGGAGUCUUUGAAAGAUAAUAACGCGAGAGCAACACACGUCAGUCGGGCAAGGGAUGACAGCAUCAAAAAAGGUUGCAAUGCCAGUGGUAACAGCGAUUGCAGUAAGCGGAACAACAUGGAGACCCUAGCGCAGGGGGAACAUUUUGAUGGCAAGGACAUCACCACACAGGAAAAAGGGGGAACCGCUGAAUCCAGAGACGAUGGUACACAGCUAAGUAGCGGGGUGGUGUCAUCGACUCAGGACGAAUGCAACAAACGUUCAUACGAAGAAUCUGGAGACAAUGAAGCGGCCGAAGAUGAUGUUUCCAAACGUAAGAAACGGAAGGAGACGGAAGAAAAGGAGCCGAUGGGGAAGCCCGCCCCCGUGGCGCGGAGUGGAACUGGACGUAUCCUAACCGGCAGUAAGCCACCGGGACCGGCGAGCAAGACGGGCGCCCUGCCGCUGGGUAAAAGCGGUGGCUCUCAGAGCGUUGGCAAGGGCGGAGCUGGAGGCUCCGGCAAGGGGGCGGCGCAGUCGCAGGGAAAAGGAGGCGUUGGCUCUAAGGCAAACGCACAAGGUUCACAUCAGGGCAAAUCUGGAGGAGGAAAGGGUGGCGGCCUACAACUUGGCAAACAAGACAGAAAGAGCCCAGUAGCUAGUCCAAAACCAAAUCAAGCCAAAGACAACAACGAUGGCGACGACGAUCCAAAAAGCCAGGAGUCAGCAGCACCGAAAGUCCCGCCGUUGAAGAUUGUGAUCCCAGGCGGCGCGGGCGGCUCCGGCAGCAGGAACGAGCAGGAGGGUGAGGGUGGUACAGGUCAAAGAGGAAGCGGCAAGGGUCGGGGUAGCGCAUCGACUUUGCCGUACGUCAUUCCGUGUACCAGCACAGACACAGGACAGACAUCCGAUAGCUCAGACGGCAACUCCGAUGACAAGCGAGGGGAAGGAGGCAAGGCUGGACAGAGAGUCCUCCGUUCUCAUAGGGCGAAUGACGGGGAGAAAGAUAAAGAUAAGGAGAGGACGUCCCCUCAGACAGGGAAUGACAGCCGCUCCGGGGCGGGACAGGCUCAAGCUAACUUGAAUUCCAAUAAAAGUCCUCAACCUUCGGGCUCUGGCCAAGAUCACGACCACACGGUGUCAUCGUCGAAUUCGGGUAGAUCGGAAUCAAAUGCAGGGCAUGUGGAACUUCACCCAAGAAAAAGGAAAAUUAAAGCAUCAAAGGAUGGUCAUUCGCGUGAUCAAUCCAAGAGCGAAUCACAUGAAACAAGCACAAGCCUGCAUAACAUAACCCAUUCCAACCCAUACCAAAUGUAUAUUCACAUUAGAAAACAGAUCGACCGUCGCCAGAAAGGUUUGUUCCCGGUAAAACCCAAACCUCCAAAGGAUUUCAACAAAUAUUUGAUGAAUCGCUGCACAUACACACUUCAGGGUAACGUGAAUGCUGACCCGCAAAUUGAAAUACCCCACAAUUUGCCAUCGCAAAUGAUUAACGAGUUUACAACUCAAGAAAAAGAAAGAACAAGGCUGCGUAUACAACAUCUAGUAGAAAAAGAGAAGCUUGUGUUGGCUGUCGAACAAGAAAUAUUGCGUGUUCACGGGCGCGCCGAACGCGCCGUGGCCAACCAAUCUCUUCCUUUCUCCGUGUGCACAAUACUACGAGACAAAGAAGUCUACAAUGUAUUAGCCCCAGAGCAGGAAGAGAAACGUAACGCUCAGCGCUCCCGCUGCAACGGCAGACAGAUUAAUUCUUGGCUCCAAGAAGUCGAUGACAAAUGGGAGAAGAUCAAAGAAGGCAUGCUUCGGCGUCAACACACAGAGGCACAAACUCUGCACGCAGUACAGACGAUGGGAUGGGAAUGGAAACUUAAAGAGUGUGGAAUAUGCGAUUAUAAAACAACGCCCAAAAUUGAUCCAGUACACGUGCCUCAAAUACACGUGUCGAAUUUUGACUUGCCCGCUUGAAUUUAAGUUCAUAUUGCCUGUGUUCAUGUAACGUCUUCACGUAUGUCGUGUUGACAUAAAUACUAGUGUUUAAGUUUUUUCUUAAUCUUAAAAAAAUAAUUAUAACAUCGAUUGGUAAUAAGAAUCAAGCGGAGCUACAAAAUUGGAUUUUAAACUCUAAAUUUGCUCGACGUUUGUCGAGUCAGCCUUCUAUUCUCCCGCGCAACAUUUUUCGAUAACUUGUUAUUUAUCACAGUUAUUAAUUAUACUGCACACCUAUCAUUUAACAAUUAAUAACAUGUUACCGGAAGAUGAUCAAAAAUCUAAAUUAAGUUUUUUAUAGCUAUCGCAAGGACAAUCACUAUACAUAAUUGUUAUAAAUGCUUUAUUUUUUCAUUGUCCUUGCUCUUUCUGGGUAUACAUGAACGAGUAAACUGUACGUGUAUCAGUGACCUUUUCAACGCGUUUUCCGAAUUGUAAAGGUUACUUAUUUAAACGUCUUGAUUACUUGAGCGUGUAAUAAUUAUGUAUAAUAGAAUAUGUAAUUAAUUACACAGUUACUUUGCAUUAUGUUAUUUAAGGUAGGUACCCUUGGUUCGACUUUUGUUAAGUACAAUAAGAUACGGCGCUAUUUUAUUAAAAUUAUUUCUCAUAAAUUCUUAAUGUUAAAUUUCUGACAAGUUGUAUAUAUAUGUAAUUUUAUUAAGUUGUACGUAAUUAAGUAUCAUGUAAAAUUAUUAGACAUCUAUGUGUCUCUCAUCAUCUGGCAUUGCCACCAGCGCGUUUCGAUCUUUUACGCGCCGCACUUCGUUAUAUUAACGAAAUCUUUAUAUCCAUUUCAAUGGAAUAAAAUAUAUUACAUUUUGUUUCUAUAGAGAUAUUAAGUUGAAUAAAAUCUAAAUUAAAUAUGUUUUUCUCCUCCGAAAAGAAGGUGGACUACUUUAUAAUUGUUAAGAAUCAUCUGAAACAUCUUGAUCAUCAUAUACACUCCUAUAACAUUCGUUUUACCACUGUGUAGGUCUCAGAGUAUGGUUGGUUUUGAGUCGCAUUUGUGUAUCAUCAUAAAUUAUGUUGGUGUAACCAUAAGGUUUUGGAUUGGAUUUUAUUUGCAGAUAAGAAUUGUGUGUAAACGAAUUAAAACCGUAUUUUAAUAUUUAACACACAUUGCGGCAAAGACUGAGUAAAGGCGCAAAUACGCAGAGGCGCUUGAUAGCUGCGUAGUUUAAAACUAACAUAUUCAUAAUACGGUUUUUAUAGUUACCUAAAGUAUGGAGUUGUCCCAACUAUUGAAGCAAUUUUCUACAUAAUUGUAAUAAAAUCAAAGACGUAAAGAAUUGUGGUCAUUUUUGUGAUAUUUACCUAUAUAUAUUGCUAUGCUGUGCUUUAUCUGUAUCUAUUAAGAUGACGGCACGGCGAGAGUAGGGGCUUUUGCAUAAAAUGACACAGCAUACCUGUCAAUAUACCCUUGCACAGCAUCAUUUAAAAAUACUACACAGGGAUUUCAGUUCAUGUACGAUUUGUUUCGCUAAUAAUAUUCUCAGGGCUACAACACUUGGGACUUAUUCCUUUGAAAUCUAUGUUGCAACGUAAGUCUACUCUUGAAUUUCUUUACUGAUCAGCAUUGGAUACAAUACUAUGUAAUCAUAUUUUCAUACUUCAACUGAAAUCGAAUUCAAGAGUAGACCUGCUAAUACUAAUUUCAUAUAUCUGUUUAUCAAACUCUUAUGAGUCCAAUUAGAUCUCAAUCAUAUUA